AUGGAAUACUCAUUUCUUUCACGCGAAAAAUUUAAUCAAAUUGUUGAGAAACAUAUCGAGAAUCUGUCGAAAUCCGACAAGAGCAUAGUUACGGAAGAAAUGGCACAACGACUCAUUUAUCUUGUUGAGAAUAAUUUUGAAGAUACGUCUGCUGACCAUAACACAAUUAGAUGGGCGCGAAAUUUCACAGAGGAGAUGUAUUCAAUCUUUUGUCGUAUCCAUAACGGUGAUAUGGGAGAAGGUCAUGGAGGCCAGAAUGCGACAUGGAUUGCUCUCAACGCGCAAUACUGUUGCUUUCCUCAGAAUAUAUGCAACCAGCAAGCAGGACCCCAUAAACAUUUAAAGAGGAAACGGCCAGGAGGAAAUCGCAUGAAAGCGGCCAUUAGGAAAACUCCAGAAGGAAAACCUAUAAUCUCUGCUCGAUUUCUUCAACAUGUACAG